AAGCCAGCUAUGGAGGAAACCUAAACCCAUAAGCAGAGAAAGGGAGAGAUUUCGCUACAUUAGGCACCAGGAUCGGGGGAAAUAGAGAGGGCAAGGAAAUGGCCAUUCAUUUCCAUUUGCAAAUUUCUGGGCUGGUGUGUGCCGGGUUUUAAAUACAAUUGGAUCCGGGCUUGAGAGGGGAGGUGGGGGUGAGAAUCACAAUAACUGAAGGAGGAGUGAUGCCCACAGAAAGGGAGAGAGGGGUAGCCGGUGUGUUUUUGCAAGGCUGCUCGGCGGAGACUGCAGGAUCUUAAGAGGGGAUGGAGACGGUCAAUGGGAGCCCUGAGAUCCGGCAGCAACAGCAGCAGUGCGUGGAGAAGAAGCGGUUGAAUAGAGCUCCUUCCCCGGCCAGACCCCUGAAGGAUCUUCACUGCCGAGCGUCCUCCGCUGCUAAGCUCUGCCUGCCUCCCAAACCCGGGGUUUUGCCGCCGCCUUCGUCCCCGACCCUUCCUCUCUCCAAACCUCAGCUGCAGCCCCCACAUCAGCAACAGGUCCCCGGGCUGCAGUUGGCUGCUCACAGCCGACUCACCCGGAGGAGCGGAGUCCUGGGGGGCACUAAGGACAAAGCCUCGGCCGGGGGGAAAGCGGGUGUCCCCUCUGCCAAGUCUCCUCUGUCCGCCCCCCACUUAGCCAAGAGGCUUUCCAACUCCAAGGGACACCAGGAGAAAGGCAGACACCACCAUCAGGAGCCACAGCACCAGCUCAGAAAAGUCAAGAAAUGCCUCCUGAUCGAGCCCAGCCCCGGGCUGUCACCAACGACAGCGACCCAGGCUCCGGCCCCGUCUCCCCUCGCCAAGACCAGCCACACCGACAGCAGCUCCGAUCUGUCCGACUGCGCUUCCGAGCCUCUGUCCGACGAGCAGCGGCCGGCCCCCGGGGAGCUGGCCACCACCAGCGACGCCGAGUCCGGUACCGGCUCCAGCGACGCCGAGAACGGGAGGAGAUGCCGAGAGAGCCAGCAGCAGGCAGCCGCCGGAGCGCCGCUUACCCCCGAGCAGCAGCAGCGCCCGUCCCCGGGUAAAGGCGGCAAUGGCACUGACGGGGAACACGGGCCCAGGGCCGCCCAAGCCAGGCAAGAGCCGCGGGCUGGUAAGCUCUCCGGCCCGGCCGCUGAGACUCAGGAAAGCGCUGGGAGGUCGCUGCACCAGGAGCUGCUCAGAGAGAUUGAGGAGCUCCGCUCGGAAAACGACUAUCUUAAGGAUGAGCUGGAUGAGCUGCGGUCAGAAAUGGAAGAGAUGAGAGACAGCUACCUGGAGGAGGAUGUAUACCAGCUGCAGGAGCUCCGCAGAGAGUUGGAUCGAGCCAACAAGAACUGCCGCAUCCUGCAGUACCGCCUCAGGAAAGCUGAGCAGAAAAGCCUGAAGGUUGCUCAGACUGGCCAGGUUGAUGGUGAGCUGAUAAGGAAUCUGGAGCAAGAUUUGAAGGUUGCCAAAGAUGUCUCUGUGCGGCUGCACCAUGAGCUGGAGAGCGUGGAGGAGAAGCGCGUCACUGUGGAGGAUGAGAACGAGUCCCUGCGGCAGAGACUAAUUGAAGUAGAAAUCUCCAAGCAAACCCUGCAGAACGAGCUGGAUAGGAUCAAAGAGAGCUCUUUGAAGAGAAGAGGAAGCCGAGAGUUUUACAAAGAUAAGAAGAGUGCCACUCAGGAAGAUAGCGCUGACCUCAGGUGCCAGCUCCAGUUUGCGAAGGAGGAAGGCUCUUUGAUGCGCAAGAAGAUGGCAAAACUGGGAAGGGAGAAGGAUGAAUUGGAGCAUGAACUGCAGAAGUAUAAGUCCCUAUACGGGGAUGUGGACAGCCCACUCCCUACUGGUGAGGCCGGAGGACCUCCCAGCACCAGAGAGGCCGAGCUCAAACUGCGCCUGAAGCUGGUGGAGGAAGAGGCCAACAUCCUGGGCAGGAAGAUUGUGGAGCUGGAAGUGGAGAACAGAGGCCUCAAAGCCGAGAUGGACGACAUGAAGUGCCAGCACGAAAGGGAGUGCCCAGGCCGGGAACACAUCCCGAGCAUUCCCACUUCGCCGCACGGCGACUCGCUGGAGUCAGCAGCCGAGCUCCGGAGGCACCUGCAGUUUGUGGAGGAGGAGGCGGAGCUCCUGCGCCGUUCCAUCAGCGAAAUCGAAGACCACAACCGGCAGCUUACCCAUGAGAUCAGCGUGCUGAGGCGCGGCCCCGGCCAGGAACCUGCUUGGCUGGAGGACAAACCGGGAGUCUCCCUUCAGGAGGAGCUGAAAGCGGCCCGGCUGCAGGUCAAUGAGCUGAGCGGCAAGGUUAUGAAGCUCCAGUAUGAGAACCGGGUGCUCAUCUCCAACGUGCAGCGCUACGACCUGGCGUCGCACCUUGGCCUCCGCACAGCCAGCCCCAGGGACAGCGAUGCUGACAGUGAUCCGGGCAAGAAGGAGAGUGACAGCGAGGAGAGCCGAGGCCCGCCCCAGCCCAAGAGGGAGGGCCCCAUCGGUGGCGAGAGCGAUUCAGAAGAGGUGUGCGAGAAAACGGCAGGCAAGCCACCAGAGGUGGUUGACAUCUGCACCUUGGAGCUGCUGAGGAAGAGGGAAGACACAGAGUCGCUCAUCAGCAUCAAAAGGGAGGCCGAGCGUCUGGGCAGGACGGUCGACCGCCUGAUUACGGACACCGACAGCCUCAUCUACGAUGCCAAGCUGCUGGUGACGAGUGCUGCUUCAGACCAAGGCUUCAGCGAAGAUGGGGAGAGAAGCAGCAGCAGCAGAAACCAGCCUGAGCUUCUGGACACCAUCAACACCAGGAUGAAGGCCUUCCGCUCCGAGUUACACACCUUCAUGGAGAAAGUUGACCAUCUCGGGGAAGGGCUGAGGGAACAAAUGGAUGACCUGUCGCCGCUGCCCCAUCUGACAGAGUCUGGAAGCUUCCUGUCAUCUGUGACUUCUAUGUCUCGCGACUCUCCUGUUGGAACUCUGGGGAAGGAGCUCAUCACUGACUUCCAGUCCAAACUGAGGGACCAGUCCGAAUGGCAGCUCGUCCCCAGUCAGAAAGAAGAGCAAGAGACCCUUCAGACCCGAGGCACGAUGGAUCAAAUCCGCAAAGCUGAUGGAGACUACAAAAUGUACAGGACGGAAGACGAGAGCUGCUUCAGUACAGAGCUCAGGGAAUCCUGUGUUUUACCAAACCAGGAUCUAUCUGUUCAGGAGCUGCAAGUUCGUCUGGAACAGGAAAGGCAGCUUCGGGAGGACGAAAAUGAAAAAUUCACCAGCAAAAUCAUUCAGAUUGAAGAGGAAAACCAGAAGAACUUGCGGAGGAAAGACUUUGAAGUACAGAGCCUGAACUUGCAGAACAGACUGGAGCAGAAGUCAUGGAGUCACGAAAGGGCUCUGCUACUGCAGGAGAUGAGAAUGUUCAAGGAGAGCACUUACUUGUUCUAUGUUAAGCUUAAGUGGCUGCUCAAGCAUUGGAGGCAAGGCAAGAAGAUGGAGUACAGUGGAGAGGACAUCUUGGAGUUUGAACAGAUUGAAAACCUGCCUGAAUUGAACCUGCUCCUUGCGCCGAAAGAACUGGAUGCUGAUCAGGAGGACAGUGGGUGCGUGCUGACAGAAUACUCCCAGCUUUCCUGCCCCGUGACUGAUGAUCGUAGACCUCAGCUACAAACAAAAGAGUUACUCCAACACCAGAAGCAGGCCAGAGAAAACCGAAGGAUUCUGAUAGCCCUGAAGUCUGUUUUGGAGGAGUUUGGUGCUGAGCUUGGUGAUGAGGAGAAACAUCGCAAUCAGCUACAGCAGCAGUAUGCUAAUGAGAAAGCUGCUUGGGAAAUGGAAUACGCUGAGCAGAAGUGUCAACUUGCCCAGUUUGAAGAGAGAGUCGGGAAGCAGUCCACCAGCAAGGGUUCCAUCGAUCCCAAAGAAGUGUUCAAGCAGGAGAGGGAUGAGCACCGGAAACUAUUGGCCGAUAGUCACAGUCAGCUGAUGGAUCUCCACUGGCAACUCCAAAACUCGGAGAAGAACUGGAAGCUCGAGAAGGUGGAGCUGCUGGACAGGUUUGACCAGGAGCGACGAGAGUGGGAAUGGCAGAUGAAGGAGUUGCAGAGCAAACUGGAGCAGGCUCUGAGUGAAAUUUGUGAGAACAAAGAGACAGCAGAAUUCCAAGAGAAAGAAACUCGGAAAGCGAAUCUUCAGAGGGCAAAGUCAGUUUCCUCCAUGUCAGAGUUCCAGCGUCUGAUGGACAGCUCCCCUUUCCUCCCUGGUGGUCCUCAGGUACAGAUAGGCCUCGCUAAGGACGAGACCACCCCACCGCUGUCUCCAGAUGACCUGAAGUACAUUGAAGAGUUCCACAGAAAAAACUGGGAAUACACCAACAGGGAUAAGCCAACAGAAGCCUGGAUAGAAAAGACUGAAAGUGACAAAAUGGGUAGCAGCUUACCCUCGGAGCCUUUCCAAACCGCCUCAUGGUACCUCACAACGAGUGCCACAAUGACAACAAACACCACAAGCAGCCAAGAUUACACUCAAAAGCAGCUUCAACGGAGUAGCAUGAACCCGGAUAAAUUAGGAAUAAGACUUUAUCACAGCCCCCCUCUGAUCCGUAGGUUUGAUGGGUCAGCACACCCUAAUAAGGAUGGGACGAAAGUAGUUGACUCAGAUUAUGCAUUUGCUAAGAUCAAGGCGAAUGGAAAUGUCAUUGAGCCAAAAGCGGGACCUCCGGAUAUAUUUGGAAGAUGGCCGUGUGACAUUGGCAAGCACCACAAAGACCUGCUAGAGGGUGGGCUCCAUCCGAUGGAACACCCAAUCUGUAGCACUGUUGGCUUCGCUUCGUCACUGCAUGACCUGAAAAUAUCCGGCAACAUGAGUGAUGACAUGAAGGAAGUUGCUCAUUCGGUCAUCAGCCGAAUACGUUCUAACUCAAUUGAGCCCCAGUUCAAAGACAUUGCGUGUCAGACUAACGGGGAAACAAGUACAGGAACACAGACCACUCGCACCAUCAGUGUAGGCCUGCAGACGGACUGUCUAAGGGGCAUCAGCAGCAGCCCACACAAGUGUCUGACACCAAAGGGAGGCUCAACUCCAGUGUCAUCGCCCUCGCGGAGUUUGCGAAGCAAACAAGUGGCUCCUGGAGUUGAGAAAAUGCAGGCAAAAUUUGAACGCACAUGCUGCUCUCCAAAAUAUGGCUCACCAAAGCUGCAAAGGAAGAUUUCAACAAAAUCCGAUCAGCCAAAAGAUCGGAUUUUACCCAACAACCCGCAGAAGGGAUUUAAUGAAUCAGCGUGGGCAAGGUCAACUACAACCCGAGACAGUCCAGUCCACACUACCAUCAAUGAUGGCCUUUCAAGUUUGUUCAAUAUUAUAGAUCACACACCUAUAGUUUGUGAUACGUCACAGAGAUUGUCCAGGUCCGUCAACAGGCCUAAGGCUGCAGAGCCCAGGUCAAAUUAUGUCCUGGUUCAGGAGUUUUUGAAGAGUGUCAGUGGCAGAUCACCAAGCCCUGUCUGUGUGGCCAUAGAAUCAGAGGUGGAAGGAGAUGGUGAGGAUCUCAUUGGUAAGCAGGGAGUACCCCUUUCUCCAGGAUGUACACUUGCUGAAAGCCCUGCCAGGAUCUUAAACAAACAACUCGUUGAGCAGGCUCUUAAUGAAGAACAAAAUCAAGCUAAGAACAAUCAGAAACCUGCCAAUGAUGAUACAAAGGCAGAUGACGCAGAUGGAGCGUCCCCUGGUUCCCUUGAGGAAUUACCUCGGUCUUCAGUAGCACCACCACUAGAAUCCUGCUUCUCACGCCCUGCCAGGCCAGCCAAUCAACGUCCACCAUCACGAUGGGCUUCACAUUCCCCCUCCACCUCCCGGUCUUCGUCCUCUGCGGAUUUGGCUUGUGUCGGGCAUCCCAGAAGCAGUGAAGCACAUGCAACAGAACCACUCCAAGACACUGAGCCACACUGCGACACAGAACACAAGAGUACAUGAGCCAUUGGCUCAGCAGCAAAACGCCGUUGAAAUUCACCAUCACAGCAAAUCUGCAGUGUGGAUGGUCCUGGUCAGCAGUUGAAGUUCUAAAGGAUUCGUCGGGUCAGGAAUGGAGGAAUAAAUGUUAUGUACCAAACCUAUAAAACAAUGGAAAUGUCUGUACUGCAAAUUGAAACCAGCCAGGACCAAUUGGUUCUAAAAAUAGAGAUUUCUUUGCCUGCAGAGCAAUGUUUUUAGGGGUCUGUGUUACUUUAGCCAUCAUGGUGAGUAGACAGAACCGUUUGAAAUGUGUGCAGUAAAGAUUCAGCAGGGACCCACCACCACCGCCACCCCCACACACACACAGCCUCCUAUUCUUUCUCCAUUUGGAAUAUUCAAUCAAGAUUUAUUUCUUCACUGCUGUUCACUGGAAGAGGCCAAGUUAAAUUUUUAAUCUAGGCAAUAUGUAUCCCACAUUGUUUUCCUGACAGCUGCUGGUUAUACAGCCCUGAGCUGUACAUUGAAGUGAGGAUUGGAGGGUUAACACUUAAGAGGGCUGGUUGCUAGUCAGAUCUGCGAAUGACUUGGCCUGUACUUCCAGGACCAGAUGGCAAGCUACAGGAUCCGAUGUUCCCCCAGUGGGGAGGUGGGGAGAGAUGGUGACCCAUGUGGCCAGCCCCAUCCAGUCAAAGCUAUGCCUUCUGUCAGCUGACCAGUGAGCAGCCACGUGUGGAACAGUGGCUGUACAAGUGUCUGCAGCUUGAAGGUCUGCAUCAAGUAGGGGAAUUCUUUUUUCAUUGAAAAGUUCUCCAGCAAACACAAAAAAGGUGGCUAGAAGAAUUAUCUACAAUAAAAUUUGUAACUAUAUCAACCGAGUCUUGUAAUUCAUUGCUUAUAUUAGUAUCCAUACAGCGUGUUACCAUACAGCGUUGCACACCCCAAAAUGAUGGUUAUGGUGUGCAGGUAUUUACCUGUUAACAAGUACACUCGAUAUAACAGGAAGAAGAGGAAGAAAUCAGAAUCCUGAGAGGUUGAAGGGUUUGGAGUGGUCUCUCAGUAAUUUGGGCUGCCUUCUUUUACAUUGCACUGUAUUGUUUUUCAUGUAAAAGAGUCCUAACAUUAUUCUUUUAUAAAGCAUUAAUUUUAUUCUACAUUUGAUGCCAGUGAGACUUUGUAAAGUGCUUUAUAUUGAUUGAAGCAUUAGUUAUAUUAUUGCAAAGAGUCCACAGUGCACUCGACCAGAACGAGCUGCAUGGUACAUAUUUAGGGACAAGAGAAAAAUGCUAUAUCAAAUAGUUUUUUAUUUUCUUUUGCUAGAGCAAAAGGCAGAAAAAAGAGGAGAGAUACGGACAGUCUUAAUAAAUUAGAUGUAUGAUGGUACAAUACUUGAUUUGCAUGCCAUUGAGUCCAUAGCACUUUAGUGCAUGUAUAUAGCUACUGUACCCCGACAUCACUCAUACAUAUGAGGAACAAAAAGAUAAAAAAUCCACUGUAAUGAAGUUGUGAGGGUAAACAAGUACUGUAUUUUAAUUAUUGGUGUUUCUUGCAUUAAAUAGGGAGAAAGCAUUUUUAACUAAAUUAUUGUAACAGUUCAACUGUCUGUGUACAGUAUUGAUAAUUUUUGGAAAAUAUUGAAAUAUUGUUCAGACUGAAUAUUGUCAUUGAUGUCUUUAGGGUUCACUGUAAGAGAUAACAUACCUAUAAAUAAAAAAGUCCAAAUU